AUGGAGAACUUCCUCCGCAAGGCGCGCGAGAGAAUCCAGCGCAAGCUGGAGGCAACAAAGAUGGGAUCCAAGUACUUUGCGCAGACGCGCCGCGGCGAAAUUGCGGAGCUGCACAAUGACCUCAACGGCACAGACAGUUAUCGAAAAAAGGCUGCGGUGAAGCGCAUCAUAGCCAACAUGACGAUGGGGCGGGACGUGAGCUACCUCUUUGUGGACGUCGUGAAGCUGGCUCCAUCGACCGAUCUGGAGCUCAAGAAGCUCGUUUACUUGUAUGUGCUUAGCACCGCACGUCUGCAGCCGGAGAAGGCCUUGCUGGCUGUCAAUACGUUUCUACAGGACACUACGAACAGCUCCCCUAUUGUGCGGGCGCUUGCGGUGCGGACAAUGAUGUGCAUCCGGGUGGCGUCGGUGCUCGAGUACACGCUGGAGCCGCUGCGCCGCGCUGUGGCUGAUCCGGACCCCUAUGUGCGCAAGACCGCCGCCAUGGGCCUCGGCAAGCUGUUUCAUGAUGACAUGAGGCUCUUUUACCAGCUGGACUUCAAGAAGGACUUGGUGGAGCUCCUUAACGACAACAACCCAAUGGUCGCAUCUAACGCCGCGGCCAUAGUGUGCGAGGUGAACGACUACGGUAGCGAGAAGAUUGAAAGUAAUAGCGAAUGGGUGAAUCGACUCGUCUACCACCUGCCAGAGUGCAAUGAGUGGGGGCAACAGUACAUCCUUGAACUACUGGCUGCCCAGCGUCCUUGUGACAAGGAGAGCGCCGAAACUCUGCUGACGCGCGUUCUGCCCCGUAUGAGCCACCAGAACCCGGCGGUUGUGAUGGGAGCAAUCAAAGUAGUCGCCAAUCUCGCGAGUCGGUGCUCACCAGAGUUGAUUGAGCGCUGCACUGUGCGGGUCAACACGGCCCUCCUAACGCUGGUGAGGCGUGAUGCUGAGACGCAGUACAUCGUGUGUAGGGACAUUCACGCACUGCUGGUCAUCUUUCCGAAUCUUCUGCGGACAAACCUUGACGUCAUUUAUGUGCGUUACAGUGACCCGCCGUUCGUUAAACUGGAAAAGCUGCGCCUGUUGUUGAAGCUGACCACGCCAUCCGCGGCGCCGGAGAUCGUCAAGGAGUUUGCUGAGUACGCAUCGGGGGUCGAUAUGGUGUUUGUGGUCGAGGUGGUGCGCGCCAUCGCCUUGCUCGCCAUCAAGGUAGAUACCGUGGCGCCUGACUGUGCAAACCUGCUCCUGCAGAUUGUUGAUCGGAAGCCAGAGCUGCUACCCGACGUGGUGACAGCCGCAAAGGAUAUUGUGCGCAAGUACCCAGAGUUACUCAUGCUGGAUACCUUGGUGGCCGACUACGGCGCUGACGACGUCGCUGGGGAGGAGGCAAAGGUGUCGCUUCUGUGGAUGCUCGGCGAGUACUGUGACUUCAUCGGCAACGGUAAGGACAUUAUUCAGCGUUUCAUUGACACCAUCAUGGAGCACGAGCAGCGUGUGCAGCUCUCGAUCCUCAGCGCGGCGGUGAAGAUGUUUCUGCGAGAACCACAGGCGAUGGAGCCGCAGCUGAAUCACCUGCUGGAGAUGGUGACGAAGCACAGCGACGACGUUGAUGUGCGUGACCGCGCAUUUGCGUACUGGCGUCUGCUCUCCAAGAGCAUUACUGUAGAGCAGAUGAGAAAGGUGGUCCAUGGCCAAGUAGUGCCUGUGAAUGUGGAUCGCACCUUCAGCGAUGCCAUGACGAUGGCAGACCUAAAGAAGUCCCUCAACACUGCCGCUAUCGUAUUCUCUCGCCCGUAUCAGUCGUUUCUCCCUCCCUACGGGCUGGCGGGCGUGGAGUUCGACGAGGAGGACACUGAGGACGAUGAUGCAGCGGAGCUGCCGCCGACACCGCCGAUGGGCACCCAGGACGGCUCACCAGCGCCUAGCGCUGCCCAAGGAGGGUACGAUAUGUUUGAGUUUGCGGGGGAUGGAACCGGGGCACGGCACCAGGUGGCAAGCGGCAACAACGGUGCUCAGCAUGCAGAUCCCCUUGGUGACUUAUUCAGUGUUUUGCCUCCCCCCGUCGCUGGCUCCUCGCCAGCCUUUCAGGCAGCACCGGGAUUACAUGCGCCGCCAUCACCGCCAACCGCAACGAGAACCAUCGAGGAUUUGCUCGCGAAUAGUAUGGAGCGCGGAAGGCAAGCAACACUAGGGCAAAUGUCUUCCGCACCGCAGCCCAUCGAUAGAGGGACGCAGCUGAAUGAUAUCCUUUCCUAA